AUGGGCGAAGAAAAUCCUCCUUUGAAAAUGGAGGUAGAUGGAGAACUGUCUAAAGCACAAUCACCGAAUAAUGUUACAAAGGAAGAUAUUGAGGACAAUGGAUCGGAAACGACACUAGUACCUAGUGACGCGGCCAAUGAUAGGGCUAACUCGUCGCCAUUUCUGUCCAAUGAUUUAAAGGAUUCUUCAGCUGAACCAGAGACUUCAGAUUUGAAACUUUCUGUUGACGCUGUAGACGAACAGGAUGUCAGCUUGGAUCAGAAGAGAGAAGCCUCAGAAGGCAUAUCUACAGACUCUAGCGAGGAGUCUAUGGAUCAGGAAUCUAAUAGGAACUCAUUAGCUUCGUCGCCGACUAACGACGAGAGUGCUAUCGAGGAACCAGCUGAGAAAAAACGAAAACAAGUUCAAACGACAUUGGACUCCUUCACAACUAAAUUGGGAGGUACAAGACACUCUCUAUCAAUUAAAAUCAAGCUUACGCCAGAAAAAUUGCAGGAUAUUCAAGAUGCUGAUACGGAAAACGACUUAUCGUCAUCUUCCAACUCCAAUUCAAAGAAAAGAGGCCGACCAAAAGGAAAUGUAGCUCAAAAUGAACCAAAGCUCAAAUUAUUCAGUAAAAGAGGAAGACCCAAAGGAAGCAAGGUCCAAAUGCACAUUAGUGAGCCCACAGAGCCUGAAGAUCUUCCUUGGAUCCCUGAUGAGGAGCUUUCUAAUGAACAGCCAGAAGAGACUGAUCCUGAUGUGAUUGAGAAUGUCCCAGGAAUUGCAUUUUUAGUCAUGUUUCAAGCCAGGUUUUAUCCUGCAUUCAGGGAUAUUCCUCAGCUCGGACCACAGGAUUUUGAAACUGGUCUGAAAACCCAAUCACUAUCACUCAAUCUCGAAAAGUUUAUGUGCAGGCUUUUGACUCUACUACUCAAUAGAAAAAAACCUGUUGAACCAGGUAGGUAUAAAGGAGCAUUAGAAGAAUUACAUGGUCAGCUGCCAACGUUGGGCCUGGAGCCAUACUGGCCACUCCAUGUUAAACUUAAAUCGCCAGAUGCGAUAAAUGAACUAUCAUGGCAGGACAGACUGGCAUUUUUGCAAAUGCUCGGAUUAUGGACACUAAGCAAUUCGGAAACUAUCAGGGGGAUGAUCAAUACAAGUGGCAUAGAUGGAAGAGCAAAGGGCCUUACCGAACUUCCAGAAGAUGCUGAAACAAACCCUGAUGGAAGCCUGGUCGCAUCCAAGGUCGAAUACUUGGGAACAAACAUUGACAAUAUACGAUUUUGGUUUAUAAAAGGUCAGGGUGAUACUCCAUUCAGAAUUUACAAGCAAACGAAUCCAAGGCUACGAUACGUCAACUGGCAAACAGUAGCUGGGUCAUAUGUAGAACUAGAACAACUGGUAACGAGUGGAGAGCUUGCUACAGAUGUUUCUAGACAAGGAUCAAAGCUAAGGGAGAGGCUAAAGCAGCUUCUACCGGAGGUGCUAGAAUCUGAAGAAAGAAGAUCAAAGGUUGAAAGAAAAGAGCAAAAGAAACAACGACAGUUGGAAAAGAUCGAGCAGGCUCGUAAAGGUGAAGGUGAUUAUAUUGGUAGAACCCGUACAAGAAGCAGGAGGAUCAAUUAUAAUCUUGAGGACCUCAGUGUUGCUUCUGUAGAAGCUGAUGAGGAUUAUGAGAGCAGCAGCAGUCGAACUUCCCGACCAUCUAGGGCAACUAGGGGUUCUAGAAGAUCUGCUCGAAUCGCCGCUGAAGAGUCCACGCCUAUUAGUUAUGAUGAAGCGGAUAUCGAAGAUGACACCUCAGGUGGCCCACACUAUGAAAGAGUAAAUUAUAAUGAGGAAGAAGAAGAAGAAGAAGAAGAGGAAGAGGAAGAAGUCAAUGAUCUAGCAGGUUACGAAGAUAAGCCUGUAAAGGAGCUUGAUGUCGGAGAUUAUGAACCCAGUGAGGAAGAAGAAGAUGACGAUAUAGAUGAUAAUUGGAGGUCAAAGAAGGAUGCUCAUAUGGAGCUUGGUAGUUUAAAUGCGACUGGUAGAACAAGGAACACGCCACCACCAGGAACUAAGUUCGUGUUUCCUUUGGGUCUUCCAGGGUCUACUUCUAGUGGAAACAUUGGAUACCCAUUGGGCAACGUUCCUAUUGCAACACCCCAUCUAAAUUCUCAACCAGUUACGGCGGACCUGAACAGUUCCUCGACAAACUUGCAUACCGUCUUGAACAUUAACAAUGACCCCAAUUUAAUAGCUACUAAAGAGAAUGGUUCUCAGACAGUUGUUGAUGUUUCAACUUCUUCUCUAUCUGCUCCAGCUGACUCAUCAUCUAUCACAGGCUCUCCAAAAAUAUCUAAUUCAGAUAGUCCAGCUGUUGCUGCUAUCGUGUCACACAUAGCCAUUUGA